AUGAGAGUUGAUGAAGAGAGGAUGAGAGAAAGGCUCAGAGAGAAGCAAAAAGAGGUCCAGAAGGAGGAAUUAAGCGGGUUCAAUGCUACUAGGAAACAGAUUGAACGGUUUUUGUUUGAUUCUGCUUUUAACACGUCGUUAUUCUACUUGAAACCGUACGAUUUGGAGUCGUUGUUCUCGCGUUUGCCGGAACAAAAGAGAGGUGGUGAGGCUCUGGAGAGUAGUCUGGCGCAGCUCAAGACGGUAGAGUACGAUCCCAGGUUGUCGGUUUCGGUUUAUUCGGAAUAUAUAGCGCAGCAUCUUGAGGAUGUGGAGCAAGGUUCGUUCGAGGUACCGUUUAACUGGUACGACUGGGCGGAUUUGGGGGUGUUGAACGAUUUUAUCGAGCUGGCGCCCGAGGAUAAAGUUGGGUGCGAGGCGGUGUUCCACAAGUAUUUCGAGCCGCAGGAUUUGAACCGGUUCGAGGGCCAGUUUAGGCAUAAGAUGUUUGAUUUUGACAGGAACAAGCCGCUUGGUGUGGCUGGUUUCUUGCAAAACACGAAGCUUAUCGAUGCGAAUUCCAAGAAACAGCCGAUUUCUACGCAGGAGUUGCACGAGAAGUACUGUCGUGAUAGUCGCGGGUCGCUAACGCCUGGUUUUUUGCCCAAGAAACCGCUCAGUUAUUCGAGACCGGAGACGUACGGGUUGCAGGCGCGGGCCAGUCUCUACACGAACCCUGAGACGCAGCCUAUUUCCAUUACGUUGUUGAACAACAACAAGAAGCCUCUACAAGUGAUGGUUUCGCAGAGCAAUGGAGUUUCCGGGGAAAAUUCUCCCUCCUCUUCAGAGGAUGACGACGACGACUAUUCAAAUUGGAAACCAAACUCGCUCUUGUUCAACGGUGUCUUGCACGAGUACCUCCAGAAAAGAAGGACGAGUAGUAGCGGGGACAAUGGCCCCACUAAUAUCGAAUUUGACCAUUUCAAAGCAUGGUCCCAGUUGACUGAAAAAUUGGACCAACAACAACAACAACAACAAAAACUGGCCGCUGGCCAACCGUUGGAAAACGGCGCGCCAGCUUACAAGAUCGAAUUGGAUCCGGAAUCGUUCGAGUUUAACGCAUUGGGACGCUACCAGGAGCUCAAGCAAAUGAACCAGUCCCAGCUCACCAGACACCAGAAACACUAUCUAGAAGCCUUGGAGCUUUCCUUGCACACACACUACGUCGACAUGCCCAAAUAUUUCACUGAGGCCUCCAAGGUCACCGAUUUCGUACACCUGGGCCACCAUUACGACGGCCGUUUCUUCAAAGGAGGGCUACCACAUGACGAAGUAAGAGCAAGGCUCGACGCCAUUGUUCGCUCAUGGUUGCAUUUCACCUCUUCAAACAACUUGACCACCUGGUUGGCCCACGGUACGCUUUACGGAUGGCUCUACAACGGGCUCGCGUUCACCUGGGACGGGGACCACGAUGUCCAAAUGCCCAUCGCGGACUUGAACAAGAUGGCAGAACAUUUCAACCAAACGGUUAUCGUAGAGGACCCAACCAGAAGCAACGGAAGGUACUUUUUGGAUGUUGGUACGUAUCUAACGUCCAGAAUCAAGGGUAACGGGAACAACAACAUCGAUGCCAGAUUCAUCGAUGUUGACUCGGGACUCUAUGUCGAUAUAACAGGGCUUUCUGUCUCUUCCGAACCGAUCCACGACAGGUUCAAGUGGUUGGUCAACAAGUACCACGACGACAAGAGACAAAAUGCGGAACUGGUUCCUUACUACAAGGACCCAAAUGUUGUGGAGCACGUUUCCGAUAUCAGCGUGAAGCAGCUUAUUGAGUACGAAAAGUCGAAAUCCAAAUCGGACUCGAAUCCACACGCUCCUCCGUUCACCAAGGAGAGGGAAGAUUAUUUGAAGAAGCAUGAGAACGAGGAUACGAAAAGCGGAAUGUACCAUUCGGAAUCCAUGGCGGAUAGAUACAACAUCAACAAGCAUGCACAAGCGUACAACUGUAGAAACAAACAUUUCCAAACGCUCUUUGAGCUAUCGCCCUUGAGACUCUCGUUCUUCCACGGUGUUCCUGCGUACGUUCCAAACACGGUGGUGAAGAUUUUGAACGCCGAAUACCAUGUGCCACAGGAACACGGGUUCCAAUGUUUCGACGGCCGUUGCUACUUGCCCGAACUAAGAGGCUGGUACAACAAGGACAAGGUCGAUAAGAUGCGCGACCUCAUUUCACGCAGCCCACUCUUGAGCGACAGUAAGAAACCGUUCCGUGAGAAUGGGAUGCAACAGCUCUCGAAGAAAGAGUUCGAGAUCUUGCUGCAAGAGCUCGCCAAGUCCAAUGAGAUGGACGACGUGUUCAUAUAUGCGGUGAACUCGUUCCAAGUGUCCACUUUUAGGCAGCGCGAGGUGGAGCUCAUGUUCGACUCCAAGAUGCUCUUGCGUAACAAAGACAUGAUGUUAAACGAGUUUGUACAAAACAGAACCUUCAACCCAGUUUACAAGGACCCCUUCCAAAAGAAGUUGGAAGAUAAAAUGUGGUACAAUUUCUUGGAAAACACAGAUAUCCCAUACACCACCUUGGAAGAGAUUUGGGACGAGUUGAAACUCAAGGUGGCAAGUCAAUUGUUCAGGUUGAACGAGAAGUUCGUCCAAAGAAAAUUGGACUGGUCCUAUGAGGCAGGUUUACAAUCGCCUCCAAGUCCAAUGAAGUUCAAUUCUCGUGGUAACAGGUUCUACAUCAUGGGCAAAAAGUACCACAAUAAAGUUUUCGCAAAAGACGCUGUGGAUUUGGAUACCUCCAUAACAACGCUCUACCACUUAAAAGAGGAGAAAAGGUAUUCAAAGAGCAAUUAA